GGCUGAGUUGUCUCGACGUGGGCCGAGUUGUUCUCGGGGCCGAGUUGUCUGGCAUACACAUCAAUCGGAACUCCUCGUACAUUUCUACGAAAUAUAGCGUAGCGGAAUGUGACGAGGUGUUCCGAUUGGCAUACACAUGUCCGUAUAACAAAAUUAGCGGAAAGACGCGAGGAUUUCCGACUGAAAAUCUAAUGAGAAACGCAAAAGGAAUAGUUUUUGUCUGGAGAUCUGCAGUUGUUGAAUGUUGACUAUUCUCAAAAUAUUUUAACAUGGAAGAAGAUAAAGAAACUUGUUUACAGAAGUUGGAUGACCUCAAUCUUUCAAAUGAUUUUGAAAAUAACGAUGAUGAUGAUGACUCCGACAGUGAAACAGAAUUUAUUGAUCUUCACUCCGAUUCACCUGCUCAAUGCAGUGAAAGACUUUCCACACCGGUUGAAGAAACAGGUGAUGCCAGUCAAACAGUGGUUUGUUCAGAAAACCAGUCUACUAACUGUGGACAUUCAGUUGAUUUUAAAAGUGAACAUGUCGGUGUCAGUAGUCCGUGUACAGAACAAUGCACACACACGUCUGUCUGUGCUUCUGGUGAAACCUUUCAGAAAAAGCCAUUUGGAAGUUCGACACAGUGUAGUGAUGGGGUAAAGAAGUCGUCUGAUACCAGUGACGAAGAAUAUCAUUCAGCAGAUGAUGGAGAUAACAAUAACAGUCAUGAUGGUGCUGAUGAUGAUAAUGACGAUGAUGAUGAUAAAUCUAAUAAGAAGGAAAUCAUUGAUGAUGAAGAGUACAGAAAAACCAUUGAAGAAAGUUUGUCCGAUGAUGAGAAGCUUGAGAGAAAAGAACGAGCACAGGAGUUGAAGAACAAUGGCAACAAACUGUUCCGAGAAGGAAAUUACGAUGAGGCUAUCGUCUGUUAUUGUGAAUCAAUUGAGAUUUGUCCUCUAUCAUUUACUAAAGAGAGGUCCAUCAUGUUUUCAAACCGAGCUGCGUGCAAACUCAAACAGGAGAAUUACGAUGAUGCCAUCAGUGACUGUUCUAAAGCUAUUGAGCUGCAUCCUCAGUACCUGAAAGCUCUGCUGAGGAGGGCGGAGCUGUAUGACAAGAAGGAGAAGCUGGACGAAGCUCUGGCCGACUUUCAGAAGGUUGUGGAAUUGGAUCCAUCCCAGUAUGCAGCCAGGGCUUCCUGUUUGAAAUUAGCUGAACAAAUCAAGGAUCGAAAUGAAAAGAUGAAAGAAGAAAUGUUAGGUAAACUAAAGGAUUUGGGAAACAUGAUUCUCCGACCAUUUGGAAUGUCUACAGAGAAUUUUCAGCUUCAACAAGACCCAAACAGUGGUUCCUAUUCUGUGCAGUACAAACCAAACUAGUGCUAUUCUUCAGAUGCAUGUUUUUGUUUCUGUGUACCUCGUGUAUUUAUUAUUAAAGUUUUUGGGUUCCAGUGACUCAUUCUCUAUAUGGUGAGUGACAAGUAAUUUCACAGACAUUGACCCAGUGGCACUGUCAGAUACUGAUAAAUAUGAAAUUAUAAAUAUUUUUAUGUGCUUGUGAUUCAUUCCUGUGUUUGGUUUCACAUAUGAAGUUGUCAUACAGAUGACAUACAAGAUGUUGAUGUAUCAACUUGAUGAAUUGUUUCCUCCUUGCCGUGUAUUGUGAUCGAGACACUAGCCUACAUUAAUCCACAUCUAGAACCUAAAGGACUGUUGUGAGGUUGCUGCAAUUAUUAAGAUGUUGUCGGCUAAUAAAGACUUUUUAAUGGC